CACACGGUGAACUACCACCGAUCUCGGUCCCUGGAUCACCCGCUGGGAGCCAGGCCCCGGGCCACGGGAUCGAUCAACGGGAACCCGGCCCCUGGAGCAGCGAGAGAGCCGCAGGGAGGGAGCAGGAGCCCGGGCACUCACCAUGGCGAAGAAAGAUGAGAAUCUUUUAGCGAAUAUUAACAGUGCCUUCCUGAAACACAGUAAGGUGGAGGAGGUAAAGAGGGAUCAUCUGCUCAUGAUGCAACCCUAUGCUAACUGGGAGGAGUUCCUGAUGCCGGCUCCAAUGUCAAUUGCAAUCCUCGGGGAACUAAUCAUCAUCUCUUCCACCACUGACUUCCCUGUAAACAAGCACAGCCCGGACAGGCAAUAUCAACACAUCAAAUACCCAGAAUCAUUCCGAGCCUGCCUGAUGCAGGUCAGUAACCAGGGCUGGAAAUGUUUUAACUUGGCCCAUAAGAACAUGGACCAGAUUCGACUGCACUCCCAGAGCGUUCCGACCCACCUGAAGAGUGCUGUGAAGACCCUGAUGCAGGGUGAGCGGCAGAGCCUGGACAGGCUGCUCCCUCUGCAGUUGGGCAGCAUCAAGGCUGUUGCUGAUGACUGUCUUAGCCUAGCCCAGGAGGUAGAGAGAAGCUUCUCCUCCAUCACUGACCUGAUCCAUGAGUUGCUGGAGGCCUGUACUGGUGCCAAGGGGAUGUACGAGGAGGAAUCCAAGGUGGUGCAGCGUUCCCUGGAGGAUGCCAACCUUCGGAAGGCCACUGCAGAGAAAGAGAAGAGGCAGGCGGAUGAAUAUUUCACCAGGAUGAACAAACAGGUCGAGGAGGCUCAUGAUGCCUACAAGAGGGCAGUGGAGUCUGCCCCCAGUGAGUGGGGGGUUGUUGGCAUGUUUGCAGUGGAGAAUUCAAUCAAUCUGGUCAGUAACCUGGUGAGUGGCUUCAUGUCGAUGGUAACUGCAGAUCCGGUCAGCCUGUCUACCACGGUGGUGGAGACCUUGGCAAAUGUUGGCAACGUCAUUGCCGAAAAGGUUAGGAACAAGGAGCAAGCCAAAGCCGGCAGCCAGCAAGCUGAGGUGGACCCAGUCACUGUCAGCAAUGUGCUCUCCAAGUCCAGUGAGCUGCUGAUUGCCACCGUCAAACUCCAGGACUUGCUGUCAGCUGAUGCUAAACUGAGUCUGGAUAAGCUCCUGGAUCAGAUGACGGGCAGUGUGAACAUCUCCAGGCGUAUGUUCCAGCAGGUUAAAACCGAGAUCAUUCUGGAGGAGGACUGCAGUCCCAAGGAAGCAGCCCUGACCCUGUGCAGGAAGGGCAUCGCGAUCUGUGAGAAGCUGGAGGAGAUUGGGCAGUGUGAGAAUCCGACCGAGGAGCAGCUGGAGAGGGUGGCCAGCAGGAUCGGGGAGCUCUAUGGGAAGGUGGUCAAGUUCAGUGCAGGCUGCAUGGCCAACCACCCGACGGUACUCCCUCAAUCUGCCCCGAACCUGUCCAGGGCAGCAGGUGAGCAGAGCCCUGAGGACCAAAGCAUGGUGCACACGGUGGUGACCCAGGCCCGGAUCAAGAUCGAGAAUGCCAAGGCACAUUUGGAUAGCACCCGGGCAGAGUACGAGAGGAGCUUUGAAGCAAUGAAGCAGAGUAACAAGGAGCUGGAUGAGAUCCUGGCCAUGAUGAGGAAAUGUCAGGUGACCAAGGUUGACUUUGAUGUGACGCUGAAGAUGUUGACCCAGGGUCUGGAUGCCUUGGGCAGGGUGAGAGAGCAGUGGACCAAGAUGAUUCGCUUCUUUGAAAUGGUUUCCAACUUGAUCCACAUUUGCCUCACCAAGUCCCUGAGAAAAUUUGUCACGGACAGCAAAGAGAUCCAGGCAAUCCAGGGGUACAGCCAGCAGCAACACAUCCGAGAUUUAAUUUAUGCCCAAGCCUUUCAGGCAGCCAACAUCUCCCACCUGGUCAAUAUGAUCGCCAGAACCUACGUGGAGAUUUCUAGCAAGUACCUGAUGGACCGAGUGACCAGUCUGGGCCGGCUGAUCACCCUGGACCCUGAGGAUGCGGAAUUCCAGAGUGAGCGGCAACUGCUUCAGCGAGGCUGUGCUGAUGCCCGCCAGAUGAUCAUGGAGCGGGUUCUGAGCAACAAGGAGCAGUUUGAGGAUCAGAUCCAGCAAAGGAUUGAGGCCAUCGACUCCGGGCUGAAGGCAGUGCUGCCUCCUGCCUCCGAGGUGGAGCUGCAGGCAAUCGAGAGUUCCCUGAGCCAGGAAAGCCCAGCCAUCUUCAGGGAGAUUGCAGAGGAGGAGGAGGAUGAUCAAUGGGCCUGACGCAGGAAGGGAAGCAGGUUUGGAAGACGUGUUUGGAGUCCGUGGUGGGAGGUGUGGAGCUCCGAGUGCACCAGUGCUGGAACCAGCAAUGCGCUUGUUUGGUUAUCUCAGUCUGCUGCAGAGUGCUGGGGUUUGGAACUUUAUUAUUGAGCUGUAACAUUCCUCUGUGAGAGCGAGCAGACUAUCCCCAGCUAGAACAGCCCCUUCUCCAGUCUGACCCACCCUUCAACUCUGACAGCUUAUCUGAUUGGUCAGAAAGGAGAAUUUACAAGAAUUAAUGAAACAUUUCAAGCUAAAAUUCAGCAUUAAUAUAUUUCAAAAGUGUGGACAAAAUAAUACAUGUGAUACAAUCUGUUACAGCACACCGUUAUAAUCUGGAUCAGUGGUGCUGGAAGAGCACAGCAGUUCAGGCA